AUGGCAAACAAAUGCACAAGGAUUCAAAACUAUAAUCACGAGUUUUGGAGGUUGUUAUUGCGCUAUGUGUUGCUUGUGUUGUUUCCUCUUGGGAAUAACUAUACUACUGGUUUCGCAUUGUCAGCCUCUGGUCUUAGAGCUUUGAGAUAUGCUCGUGAAGUAGAGGGAAUUGGGAAAGUUGUGGCCCUGGAUAAUGAUAAAGCAUCUGUUGAAUCUUGCCGGAGAAAUAUUAAACUUAAUGGUUCAGUUGCAAUUUCAAAGGUGGAGUCCCAUCUUGUUGAUGCUAGAGUCUACAUCUCACACCCAAAAGAAUUCGAUGUGGUUGAUCUCGACCCUUAUGGUUCACCAUCUAUUUUCCUUGACUCUGCUGUUCAAUCAGUUGCUGAUGGAGGCAUAUUGAUGUGUACAGCAACAGAUAUGGCAGUGCUUUGUGGGUCCAGUGGAGAGGUUUGCUAUUCCAAAUAUGGAGCCUACCCAGUGAAAGGAAAAUAUAUGCAUGAGAUGGCUUUGCGGAUCCUUCUUGCAUGUAUUGAGAGCCAUGCAAACCGCUACAAGCGUUACAUUGUCCCUGUGCUAUCUGUUAAAAUUGAUUUCUAUGUGCGAGUCUUUGUCCGUGUAUUCACCUCUGCAAGUGCAAUGAAGAACACUCCUUUGAAGUUGUCCUAUGUUUAUCAAUGCUCUGGCUGUGAUUCUUUUCAUCUUCAACCAGUUGGAAGGAAUGUGUCCAAGAAUACCAGUGUGAGAUAUCUUCCUGGAUUCGGCCCUGCUGUUGCCCAAGAAUGCAGUGAUUGUGGGAAGAAAUACCACAUGGGUGGGCCCAUAUGGUCUGCUCCAAUCCAUGAUAUGGAAUGGGUUAAUUCAAUUCUUGCAGACAUGAAGUCUAUAAAGGAACGGUAUCCUGCUUUUAAUAAGAUCUGUGCUGUAUUAACUACAGUUUCUGAGGAGUUACCAGAUGUCCCCCUAUAUCUGAGUCUGCACAGUCUCUCUGCAACUUUGAAGCCCUCUGCAGUUAUGUUUCGUUCUGCUGUAAUUAAUGCAGGAUAUCGCAUAUCAGGAACUCAUGCAUGUGAGCUAGGUUUGAAAAGCAAUGCCCCUAUGGAUGUUGUAUGGGAUAUCAUGCGCUGCUGGAGUUGAACAUGUGUUGGUGAU